GGCCGAUGGUAUAUACGCUUUAGCUUUAGCAGUGCGGGAAUACGGUGCGAGGAUGAAGCGAACAUGAUCAGUGCCGAUGGCCCCUCCAAGUGUGACGAGACCCGGGACAGAAAGAGGCAAUCGCCAGAAAUGCUGCACCUUAUGUUCGCCGUGUCCGUAUGGUUGGUGACGGGCACCACCAUAUCCAGCCUCAACAAAUGGAUAUUCGCUGUGUACAAUUUCAGAUACCCCCUGCUUUUGUCAGCCCUCCACAUGCUGACGGCGAUCGUGGUGGACUACGGACUAAUCAAGUGCAGGGUGAUCUGGUAUAAAGGCGUCGAAGAGCAGGGUUUAACCAGCAGCGCCAAAUGUAAAGUAUUCCUGCUGAGCUUAACGUUCUGUGCCAGUAUCGCGUUUGGCAAUGUGGCCAAUUAUGUAAUGCAGCUUUCGUUCGCGCAGAUGAUCUACACCACAACGCCACUGUUCACGCUGGCCAUUUCCACGCUGAUUCUCGGGAAGCAGCACCACAUCUUAAAGUACACCGCGAUGAUGCCCAUCUGCCUCGGGGCGUCGUUCAGCAUAAUGGGCGAGGUCCAGUUCGACCAGACCGGCUGCCUGUUUGUGUUUGUCGCCACUAUGUUAAGAGGCGUAAAAAGCAUUCAGCAAAGCAUCUUGCUCCAGGAGGAGAAAAUCAACUCUGUCUUCCUACUGUAUCUGAUGUCCAUCCCCAGUUUCUGCAUCUUGGCCAUAGCUGCCCUGGUUCUGGAGAACUGGGCUGCACUGCAAUCCCCUUUCCAAUAUGACCACCACCUCUGGGGUUUCAUCUUGCUCAGCUGUCUGGGCUCAGUGCUUUACAACCUGGCCAGCUGCUGUGUUAUCACUCUGACCUCUGCUGUCACACUGCACAUCCUGGGCAACCUGAAUGUGGUGGGGAACCUGCUACUCGUGCAGCUGCUGUUUGGGCAUGAGCUGACAGCUCUUAGCUGUGCUGGAGCUGCACUCACCCUCUCAGGCAUGAUCAUCUACCAGAACUCAGAGAUCAUUGUAGCUUACAUCGAUGCAUGGAGAGCCAAGACACCAACCAGUGGCAGUGGAGAGGAUGUGGUUUGUUUUCAGGAGAAUGAUUUAAGCAUAUCAAAGACUCCAGAACUUUGUUCAGAAGAAAAAUCAUCUGUAGUAGCAGGUGAAGAAUUUAACGAGAGGACAGAUAUUCAGGUUCAUGAGAAAAUAGACUGAAGAGACUUAAAGGCUGUGUUCCAAAGCCUAGUGAGCUGCAGUGCUGCUAUUUUAUUUAUAGCCUUACUUUUUUCUUGCAUGGAGUAAAAGGAAAGAAUCAUGGCUCUCUUUUCCACAACCACUUUUAUUAGAUGGUAAAGAGAAGCUUGGGCCAGAGUUAUUGUAGUUAAGUAAAAUUCAUCUAAAGGCCGGGACACACCAAGCCGACAGUCGACCAUUGGCUCUUGUCGCGCUGACGAAGAGCAACGGUCGGGCUAGUCUGUUUGGUGUUUUCCACUUGUUGACUUUGGUCAGGCUCACUUUGAUCCAAUUCAGCAUGUUGAAUCGGCGUCGCAACCAUCUGCGAAAGUAAGAACUGUGGAUGCUUAGAUCCGCAAAUGAGAUCCGCAGUGAAUUAAAGUGAAAAUAAUAUAAAGUAAAUCAAUUGGCGACACAAAUAGAAGGCUGUUCUAAUGUUACGUGGUCUUAAGCAUUCCAGUAUGUGAAUGUUAUCAUAACAACAUGAUCCGCUUAAAAUAAAGAAAUAUAUCAGCGUUACCUAUGAUGGUAUACAAGUGCUGCUUUUUGAACAUUUCAUAUAUCUGCAUAACUCUUGUAUAUCUUUGUUCAGGUCUCUCAGUUUGAAUUAGAAAAGAUAUGAGAGAUCCUGAAAGCGAGAAUCUUAACUUCUCAAGUUUUAUGCAGCAAAAGAUUUCUCAUAUCCACAUAUCAUUUGAUAGAAGGAUGACACUUUCCCAUUUAAUGAUAAUAGCUCAUCUAGCUAACCACUUCACUUUCUUUGUAAAAUGCUGUUCUAUUAUAACAAGCAAAAACACAAAAUAAUCUUCAAAAUUUUAAAUAAAGAUAGAAAAAUAAAACGUUUCCCAACAGAAAAUGACCCUUGUAAUUAAUUAAAAGAUAAACAUGUGGCGUUAGCAUGUUGCUAAGCUAACACUGAUAUUCUACUAAGCAAAAUACAAAGCACACCAGUCUAAAAUAGUCUAUUUUUAAUUCAAUUGAACUAUUUUAUUGA